AUAAUAGCCCGCCUACAAAAGCAGCCCGAACUUCCUGCAGAAUUUAAACACACACUCACACAUAACGUCUUGCAACAAGCCAGCCUGCAGGACAGAGAGGAAGCAAUGAGAGGCAGGGUGUGGUUUCCUACAGCGGGGCUGGUGGUCUGGCUGUGCUGCCUCAGCCUGGGGCCUGUUCAGGGGGGGAAGGUACUGGUUAUGCCUGUUGAUGGGAGCCACUGGCUUAGCAUGAAGAUACUGGUGAAGGAGCUCAUCCGCAGGGGCCAUGAGGUCCUGGUGCUGGUGCCUGAAAGCAGCAUGUUGAUCAAUGGUUCAGAGAACUACAGGACUGAGAUCUACCAAGUGUCAUACACCAAAGCUGAACUGGAUGAAAAUUUCAACGAGCUGAAGGAUGGAUUGUUCCUCAAGCCACCGGAAAUCACAGAUAUCAUUAUCAAUAUGCAGCGUUUGGUUAACUUCACUUCAUUUCAGGUGAAAGGUUGUGAGAGUUUGCUAAACAACCAGCCUCUAAUGAGUCGACUGAGGGGAGAGGGAUUCGAUCUCAUGCUCACAGACCCCUUCCUACCCUGUGGCUCCGUCCUGGCUCAUGUCUUUUCCAUCCCAGCUGUUUAUUUCCUGCGUGGACUUCCAUGUGAGCUAGAUGUUAAGGCUAACCAGUGCCCCUCCCCUCCUUCCUAUGUUCCUGUGUAUUUCUCUGGUAAUACACAAAACAUGACCUUCCCACAGAGAGUCAAAAACAUGGUCAUGUCUAUGGUUGAGAUCUACAUGUGCAAAAUAAUGUAUGGCCACUUUGACGAUCUGGUCAGCAGGUAUUUAGGAGACAGCAUGACCUACAAGGACCUUAUUAGUCACGGGGCUAUCUGGCUUCUCAGGUAUGACUUUGCUUUUGAAUGGCCCAGACCUCUCAUGCCAAACAUGGUUCUUAUCGGAGGUAUCAACUGUGUAAAGAAAGCUCCUCUGCCAGCGGACUUAGAGGAGUUUGUGGAUGGCUCAGGAGACAACGGAUUUAUUGUCUUUACUCUGGGCUCACUGGUGUCCAGCAUGCCUGAGGAGAAGGCUAAACAGUUCUUUGAUGCCUUUCGGCAGAUGCCUCAAAGGGUUGUGUGGAGAUACGCUGGAGUCCCACCAGAGGAUGUGCCCAAGAACGUGAAGCUUAUGCAGUGGCUACCUCAGAACGAUCUUCUAGCCCAUCCCAAGGCUAAAGUCUUCAUCACUCACGGAGGUAGCCACGGUAUCUACGAGAGCAUCUGCAAUGCUGUCCCCAUGUUGAUGUUUCCACUGUUUGGGGAGCAGGGAGACAAUGUACAUCGCUUGGUGGUCCGUGGUGUAGCAGAGAAACUCAGUAUAUAUGAGAUGACGUCUGAAAAAUUACUGGCUGCACUAAAUAAAAUCAUCCAUGAUAAAAGUUACAAAGAGAAGGUAGUGGAACUGUCUCAGAUACACCUGGACCGUCCCGUUCAGCCUUUGGACCUGGCUGUUUUCUGGACCGAGUUCAUCAUGAGACACAAAGGUGCUACACACCUGAGAGUAGGUGCACAUGACUUGAACUGGAUUCAGUACCACAGCCUGGACGUCUUCUGCUUUCUUGUCAUCAUUCUCCUAACUGUUCUGUGGGUGACACUGAAAUGCUGCCUGUUCUGCACCCUGAAGUGCUGCAGAAAGGGGACUGAUAAGAGAAAAUUAGAGUAGUGUUUCUAAUGCAAUAUUUAUUACGUUUCAUAAAUUCUACAAUUAAGUGAAUAAUGGAGGUUGCAACAUUGCAGUGAGAUUUCAGACUGAUGUACUAUAUUUGUGUGUGUAUAUGUUUGUGGGUUUGUAAAAUCUCAGCAAAAGUGUCAUUACUACACCGUCUGAAACACCUGUAACCUGAUGCUGGCAAUGACUGAUUGAAGCCAUUGUUUGAGAAACAAACUUUCGAGCAAAUGUUGUUGCUUUUUUAACCACCUGCUCAUGGACUUUAAAUAUUUCUAAAACAAGCUAAGAAAAAACUCUCGAGUACACUUAAGACACUUCCUGCUCGUUUGUUAUCCAGUCCUCUGCUUAUGAUGUUAAA